AUGAAGAUCAAGGAUGCCAAGAAGCCGUCUUUUCCAUGGUUUGGCAUGGACAUUGGGGGAACUUUGGUCAAACUUGCGUAUUUUGAACCUAUUGAUAUCACUGCAGAGGAGGAGCAGGAGGAAGUUGAAAGCUUGAAGAGCAUCCGCAAAUAUCUGACUUCUAAUGUAGCCUAUGGAUCCACUGGCAUUCGAGAUGUCCACCUUGAGCUGAAAGACUUAACGAUUUUUGCUCGAAGAGGAAACUUGCACUUUAUUCGAUUCCCAACUCAUGAUUUGCCUACUUUUAUUCAAAUGGGAAGAAAUAAAAACUUUUCAACACUACAUACGGUGCUCUGUGCCACUGGCGGUGGUGCUUACAAGUUUGAAGAAGACUUUCGCACAAUUGGAAACCUUCAGCUGCACAAACUGGACGAGCUUGACUGCCUUGUCAAAGGCUUAUUGUAUAUAGACUCUGUCAGCUUCAAUGGCCAGGCAGAGUGCUAUUAUUUUGAAAAUGCCUCAGAUCCUGACAGAUGCCAAAAGAUGCCUUUUAACCUGGAUGAUCCAUACCCACUGCUGGUUGUUAACAUUGGUUCAGGAGUCAGUAUUUUAUCAGUCCAUUCCAAGGACAACUAUAAAAGAGUAACUGGAACAAGUCUAGGUGGAGGGACCUUUCUUGGUUUAUGCAGUUUGUUGACGGGCUGUGAAAGUUUUGAAGAAGCUCUGGAAAUGGCAUCCAAAGGCGACAGCACACACGCCGACAAGCUGGUUCGAGAUAUUUAUGGAGGAGACUAUGAAAGAUUUGGCUUGCCAGGAUGGGCUGUUGCAUCCAGUUUUGGGAAUAUGAUCUACAAAGAGAAGAGAGAGUCUGUUAGUAAAGAAGAUCUUGCAAGAGCCAUAUUGGUCACUAUCACCAAUAACAUUGGGUCUAUUGCCCGGAUGUGUGCAGUAAAUGAGAAAAUAAACAGAGUUGUGUUUGUUGGCAAUUUUUUACGUGUGAAUACUUUGUCAAUGAAGCUUCUUGCGUAUGCACUGGAUUACUGGUCAAAAGGCCAGCUGAAGGCCUUGUUCCUAGAACAUGAGGGAUACUUUGGAGCUGUUGGUGCGCUUCUUGGCCUGCCAAAUUUCAGUUGAGAUACCAGAUGUCACUACACUGAACUGUUUUUCACCUGAAUGAUGCUUGUUUAUGGCAAUGGGAACUAAAUCUGGGGAGGGGAGAAGAAAAUAGUAGAUUUUCUGUACCUGUUUUUAAGAAGUGAUUAGCUACUGAAUAUUGCCAUUGUAAGGAAGGGGUUUUCACUCUGUUGGGGAAUGAAAAGUGAACUGUUUGGGGA